CAGCAUGAUUGGAGCACUUCCUGUGUUUUAAUACCAGAGCAGGAAACAGAACCAGCAGAGCUGGAUUUAAACAAAAACAGUUUGAAAGAGAGAGCGAGACAGAGAAGAAACGAACGAGUGAGUGAGUGAGCGAGAGAGACAGAGAAGGGGGAGUGACUGAGUGAGCGAGGGAGAGAGGAGAAAUUGGGAGAUUUUUUUUUUUUUUUUAGCAGCUGCAAACCAUUUCAGUCUGUGUAGUGGCCUGAGAACAGAGAGACUGAGCGACAGAAAGAAAGCAAGGAAGCCUGCCUGCAACAAAAAAAACAGGAAGAAGAACUGGGAUUGCGUGGCGCUUUGUUUCAUCAACGGAGCUCUCUAAAAAAGAUAGAAGUGGAGAGAGAAAGAAGGGAAGAAAAGGAGAGUGUCCGGGGAUUGUCUGGGAGAGAGAACCGCCUGCAAGGCAGAGUCAGAAGCAGCGCUCAGACUGGGUCUCGGACUGUCUGGGUCUCUGCCCUCUGGAUACAGUCCCACGACUGGGCUCACCCCCCCCUAACCCACCUACCCUCUCUCCCUAACGAACCCUCUCACCCCCUCCCGGAUUCAGCCUCCGCUCUGGAUUUACUGUCUCUUCUUGCCUGGAGCUGUGGAUGAGCAGCGUGAUGGAAGGUGGGAGAUGAUAGACAUGCGUCUAGUCUACGCUAGGAAAAGGCUCUGGAUCUCUUUGUUCUGGUUUUUGAAUUGCAAGACUGACUUGUGCGGAGUGGCGGAUGAUGGGAUUGACUUUUUCGCUGAUGAUGAGRAUAAUGAUGAUGUCAGCAAGAGGGAUGAAAGAGCACUCCAGGCACAGAGCGGGCCGCUGCCUUCAGACACACAUCACUCAUGCUUUGUGAUCAGAUUGGGAGAGAGAAAAAGGAGAGAGAAAAUAUAGACUGUCUGCAAGGACACACUCACAGGACAUGAGUGACUGCUCGGUUACUUUGUGUGAGAUUUUUGCUGCAGUYUUGAUUCCCUCAAAAGGAUCCACUCUUUUAUUAGGUCAUUCUCAUGGUUUUGGGUUGACAACAAAACUUGAACCAAGACAGAAAACCAUCAACAAAGCCAUUGGGACUGCACUUUUUUCUUCCCCCCCCCGCACAAUCUCUUUAUAUCAGGGAGUAGUGGAUUUCUCACCUUAAAAGGAGACUUUACACACUUCUUUGGCUGCUUCUCACUGAGACAGUUGCUCAACCCUUCUCUGCUGCUUAUCCUGUUGUGGCAGAGCGAGGAGAGCAGGAAGGGAAGGAAGGAGUUGAAGAGUGGGAAAGGAUUCAGGAGUAGGGAGUUGAACGACUCUGUGUGUGUGUGUGAGGGGGGAGUUGACGUCAAACGGAACAAAAAGGAACAAAGGGUUGUUAUCUCCACGGCACUCACCUCGUUCUGGACUUUGGACGUCUACGAGACAGCCCCUGCCUCCUUCCURAUAACCUUCCAAACGAGCAGUGCUGAUUAAUAUGCUGCCGGAGGAGAGGAGCAUCUGCAUGCAGGACACUCACUCACUGAUGCUUCUCUGCGUUUCAGAUAGCRCCGGGAUAUGCUGCUGCACUGCUAUUGAGGUGACAUAGUAACAUGUGGACCUAUGGUCUUGUAAUGUAGAUUGCAAACCUUUUGACAUUUUGGCCAUUGAAGCGGAUUCAUGUUUGGGAUUGUGGAUUGGACCGGGAACGGUUGAGCAACUGAACUCUUUUUCAACCCACCCAUUAAGGUAUUUUCCCCAUUGUUUUCUGUGGAAUACUUAUUGGCCCCGUCCCCGAGGGGGGCCACCCUGCCCCUAUAAAGGACCACUGCAGGCCGUCAGGGGAUCUCCCCCAGGGGCAGCUGAGGAAUGGGAAAGCCCCUGAGCCGGCCGGACUGCCUGAGGCAAAACCCCCGAUGCCUGGGGAAGGGGGACGAGGAUGAGGCCUACAUCGAGGACUGCUAUGUCCCCCAGCGUUCCAUCUACGACACCAUGCGUAUUAACGAGCAGAUCGACCAGGGCUCCUCCAAGCUCAGCCAGCCCUCGCGCAGCACCCUGGGCUCUGGCGGCGGCGGAGAGGCCAGCACCCUCUCCAGCAACGGCACCAUCGGGGCUGACUUAGGGAGCGUCUUUGUGUCAAGGGCGCACGCUGAUGCCGGAGUUAAAAGACUGGACGAAAGGGUGAUCUUUGAUGCCCUCAAGCUAACCGGCGAUCCCCAGAGCAUGUCGCCACCUGGAAGUUGCGGUGGUUCUGGUUUACCCAUCACACCCUUGUCCUCUGCCUCCUGUGGAGCAGCCGCAGUAAAAAGGCGCCACCAGGGCAGCGAUAAGAAAGACAACCCCAAUCGUCGUUCCUGGAAGGCGUUUAUGCCCCCCAGUUACCCAGAGUUUGCAGAGAGGCUUGAGUUUUCUCCUGGGGAGAGUGCUGAGAAGCGUCUGUCCGGUCCUGGGAUUCCACUUUCUCUACUUCCGCCACCAACUCCUCCAACCACCUCCACACCCCCCUUACCUCCUUACUCGCCUUCCACUUUGUCGUCCGGGGGUCCUCACACUCCUGUCUCAUCCUCCCCUUCGUUGACACUGAGUCCCAUUCCCCCCCUCCAACAGCACCCUGUCAGCAGGCAAAAACAACUUCACCCCCUGCUCCAAAAACAACACAAGCAAACACAUGCACUACCCUCCCCCUCAAAAGAACAACCAUCGGUGCAGUUACCUACCCAACACCACCAGGGCUCUGGGAGCACCCCACAGCAGAGUCCCAAUGCUACCGCACAGCUGGACAAAAAAAAGGACAAGCAUCAUAGGCGCCCGGCUGUAUCUCCCAAAGCUGGUAUCAAAAUAAUUACUGAGGAGAGCCCUGAAGCRGCCAAGGCUUCUGACUCUGAAAGAGAGACGGACUCUCCUCUCCUAGAACAAGACCUGGACAAAGCCCCUCUCCUACCCCAGUUGGCCCCACCGAAACCGGUGUUCUGCCCCCCGACCAAAGCACGCACCUGGCCCCGCAGCAUGAGAGGGGGAAAGAGGUCCCACGGGGGCAUGCGCCACCUCUUCCCCGUUCUGCCUCCCCUGCCCCCCUUAUUGGGAGAGGACAGUGACCUGGACGAGGAGUCAUUCUACCUACUGGACCCCCCCUCACCUUUCCUCCAGGAAGAGGAGGGGCUGGCCCAUGGAGGGCUGCCACUCUCCCCCUGCCUCAGCCAGGAGGGGGGUGAAGUGGGACUUUUGGGCUGGGCUCCCCCUAAUGGUGAGCUCCGGCAACGAACCGCCUCUGAGCUCAAAUUCGAGGAGGAUGAACGCAGGAUCUUACAGGAGCUGGAGGAGGAUGAAGUGGACAUGGAGGAAGAAGGAAAAGGGGAGGAAGAAGGGACAAGAGAGGGGGGAGAAGUGGCGGAUAAGAAAGGGGAAAUUGAAGAAGAGGAGGAGAGGGCUAGGAGAGAGGAGAGGGAGUGGGAGGCAAUGCUGAAGCUGGAGAAUAGGGAGAUAAUUGACCAAUGUUGGGAGGGGGACUCUGGAGAGGGCUGGGAACCCCAACAAUCAGAGUCUUCUGGACAUUGGCCCCUUCUUACCCCUCCAACAGGUUUUGGUGGGCCUAGGGCCCCCAGUGCCUCCCCCUGCCCCAGCUCAGGGGCUGGCUCAGAUGACCUUUUCCUAGAGCUGGAGAGACAAUGUUUAGAGGAGGAGGGAGGGGAGAGCUCUGUGGACCCUGAAUCUAGUGAGGCAACAGAUCCCUACACCCUAGCCAGUGUAGAGGAGGAGGAUGAGGAAGAGGAGGAGCAGGAGGAAGCCACUGAUGYCUGUAUAUAUUUUGUGGAAACUGCCCCUAUGGAUAUCGAUCAAAGGACAGAGACUGAUUGCGCUGAGCCCCRGUUGGAAAACCCCUUCUCAGUUUCACCACCACCUAGUCCUGAACACAUGGACCAGGUCCAACUACAGAGCUCUGAACACACUGACCUGGAGGAAGCACAGCCCUGUUAUGAACUCCACCAGGUUCUCGUUGAAGAUGAACAAUAUCAUAUUGAUGAAGAAGAGCAAUGUGUAAUUGAUUAUGAAGGCGAAGAAGAGCGGCGUUGUCCCGAGACUACUGAGAUGGACUCGGUCUGCGGACUUCUCCCUGAGUCCGACUCAAGCGGGGUCCACAUGUCCCAGCCAGACAGAACUGCUUUGUCCGACACCACCCAGAACGACUGUGAACACGAGCCACCCGCUGAGAGCGAGUGGGAACUGGACAGCGGGGCGUCAUCGGUUCAAGAGGUCGAGGAAACAGGGUUGUGCCUCCACACGGCCUCCCCACCUCCUCCAUCCCCCAGCCCACAGAACCCUUAUGCCAAGGGGGAAGAACAGGAGGUGGAGGAGGCGAAGGAGAGGGYGCCAGACUCGAGUGCAUGUGAGCAACCUGAGCCUAGUUGGGACAGUGAGGAGGCUAGCGUGGACCAAUCCCCUGGGUCGACCCACUCAGAUAGAGAAAUGAGGGUUAGUACUGCAGAGGAUGUUGAUGAACUAACUUCCUGUCAAGAGGAGCUGUUCUCUUCAGAGAUUAGUGAAGUUGCUAAGGAGACAACCUCUGUCACUGAGGGGAUGACACUUGCGUCAUCAGACACUUGGAACUGCUUUGUCCCCGCAGAUAAGGUUUCUUCUCUGAACAUGUCUGGGCAAGACAUGGACCAGAGGUCCACAAGCACCCCCAAAGCUCUUGCAGACUCUCUCCCUUGUUCACACUCCCAACAAAGAGACUCUGCCCCCCCUUCACCCUUACCACUGUCCCCCGUCAAGCAUGAGCCAAGAGGGCCAGGCCUGGACAGCAAAAACUCUGACGCUUUUGUGGCYACUGACAGUUUUGUUUACCUGGCGGUCUCCGUGCCACCCCCGUUCCCUCAGGACUGCCCCCCCUCCCCGCUGGACUCCUCAACACCCCCCAGCCCUGUCCCCAAACCCUGCCCUGAGCCAGACGAGGGGGCCUUCCUUUGCUCCGACAGCUUUGUUUACUUGGCCGCCCCGGAGCGGCUCCCCCAGGGGUCCGACGGAGGUUCCGCAUGCGAGGACGCCCAGGAGCUGGACUAUGGAGACUCGUACUCUGAGGGUACCCAGUCGGGAGUGGACUUCGUCCUUGGGUCCAUGACCGGGGACAGUGACUGGGAKUCUGACKGCUCGGCCUUGGACCCCCCUUGUACCAACAGGGAGUGGGAGGAGCUGGAAUCCGGGUUACUCCAGGGGCUUUUCAGGGAGGGCCAGUUGGAGGACCAGAGGGCCCCAGUUGCCACAACAGAGACUGAAGGGUCGGACUGUGAGACCCCCUCAGGGCCAGUGACCACAGGGCAGGGAGGAGCGCCCUCACCCUGCCCCGACAUAGAGACCCAGGUUGAGUCCGAUGGCACUAUUCCAGAGAUAAGGAAGUGAGAAGUAAACACUAGGGAUCUAUGGAGGGAGAGUUGCUGUUGCCAGUAACACACAAACACUGUACGAAGUUGUCGGGGGGGAAUAUAAAUAGAAGAUAAGGGAGUGCCAGGGUCUAUCUGAGCCGCUGACCUCUCAGCUAUGGCCAGUCACGCCCUCUUCAAUGCCAAAGGCCACUUUGGACAGGAAACCAAAUAUACAAGCGACUGUAGAUUGUUGUAGCGGCAAGUUUGGUAAUUCAUGUUUUUUUUUCUAUGGAAAUGGCGGCCAUUUUGGUGCAAGAGAGAGCACUCUGUGAGGGAAGAAAUAGCUGUAUGGCUGAACACCUGGUAGUACUCAAAGAUAAGGCCCUGGUAAAAUGAUAAGGAGGGCUAACCUGGCAGGGCCAAUCAGAAGAGUGUGCAAAGCUGUCAUCAAGGCAAAGGGUGGCUAUUUGAAGAAUCUCAAAUAUAAAAUAUA